GCUACACCUCCGAUUGGCAUUAGUCGUUUCACGGAAGCUGGAAGAUACACUUAUAGUUUUUUAAAAUCGCAAUCAGUAUGAAGUUCAUUGCUGCCGUCUGUUUGAUGUUCGCCCUGCUGGGUCUGGCCCUGGGCCUCAAGGAUCCCAUCUGUGGACUGCCCCCUAAAGUCGAUGGCAAUGGCCUCAUCAAGUGCGCCGCUUUUAUUCCCAGUUUCAGCUAUCAUCCCGAAAGCAAUUCGUGCGUAGAUUUCGUCUACGGCGGAUGUGGUGGCAAUGACAACCGAUUUGGAACCCAGGAGCUCUGCGAACAGAAGUGCAAGGAAUAACUUUGACGACCUCUAUACUAUAAAAAAUAUUCAAUAAAUGACUUUCAAUAUAGAA